AAGUAACAAGGUUGCAAACUACUUUGCACAAUUUGUAUAUACAUUUACAACAUUUACAAUUUACAUUAGUCAUACAUCACUUGGAGAACGAGAAGGUUGUGAAACAUAAAGUGGUGGCUUUCCGGCACCGAUAAUUCAAUAGACUGGCAGCACAUUAUAUCGUGGAAGGUGGAAUCGUUGAUAUCACAACGAACGGGUAGUGUGUGGCGCAUCAAGCUGGAAUUCUCGUAGUAAAAAGUAUAAAUUAGGUGUGUGUGCGAGGUUUGAUCGCGAUGGUCGCGAUCAUAUUUCGACGAACUAUUUCGAUGAUGGCCGUGUCGCAUUUAGUUUUUUUCCUCUUAUUUGUGAUUGCAACAACGGUGAAGGCGCAGAAUGAAGGCCACUGUAUUUGGUAUGGCGAAUGUAAUCUCGAUGAUUUUCAUCGUAAACAAAAUUGCCCAAAUACAGGUCCAGCACAACCGCUGGAUCAAGAGGGACAAAAUCUUUUGAGGAAACAUUGUCCGCACAUGAUGCAAAAUGAAGUAAAAACAUGUUGCGAUACAAAUCAAUUAAAAACAUUGGAUAAUAAUAUUAAUUUAGCGGCAAAUUUUCUCCAACGAUGUCCCAGUUGUCUUGAUAAUUUAGUGAAACAUUUUUGUGAAUUCACAUGCAGUCCACAGCAAUCAACGUUUAUCAACGUUACCGAAAUAUUGAAAAACAAAAACAAUACUUCCUACAUAAAUGGAAUAGAAGUUUAUAUAACAAACAAAUACAUUAAUGGCACGUUCAACUCAUGUAAUAAAGUCUCGGUGCCAAGCACCGGACAAUUAGCAUUGGACAUGAUGUGUGGAGAUUGGGGUGCAAGUAGAUGCAGCGCAAAGAGAUGGUUUGAUUUUUUGGGUGAUGCGUCAAAUAUUUAUGUGCCUUUUCAAAUCACCUACAAGACAGUCGAUCACAAUGAGGAUGGUUUUGAACCAAUGGAUCCCAAAGUUACGCCGUGCAGUCAACCUCUGGAUUCAAAAUCGCCAGCGUGCAGUUGCGUGGACUGCGAGGCAAGUUGCCCAGUGCCACCUCCGCCCCCACCAAGAGCAAAGCCAUUCACUUUAGCCGGUUUCGAUGGCUAUGGAGUAAUUAUGAUAAUUAUUUUCAUCUCUGGAUCAACUCUUUUUCUACUCUCGAUCAUCUGCUUUAGUAACAGGAAGCAAAUUGUUGCACGAGGGGAAGAAGUAGGAAGGCAAGUGGGUAGGCGUCUAGCCGCUGGACUUCAUCAUCCUGGAGAUAGUGCUCGUAUUGCUCUUGCAGCUGAUCAAGAAGACAGUCCACUACAAUCAAAACGUUCCAGUGUCAUAUCUGCUGAUGAUUUACCAAGUACUUUUGAAGAUGAGCAGUCAACAUUCUUGGAACGUCUCGGUGCAGGAACUGACAAAUUCUUGCAAGAAUUUUUCUGCUCUUGGGGCACCGCUUGUGCGUCACGUCCGUGGCUUGUUCUCUUUAUGGGAUUCAUCUUUAUCGUGACCUUGGGCCACGGAAUAAAAUACAUAAUAGUGACAACCGAUCCAGUUGAAUUAUGGGCAUCACCAAAUUCAAGGUCUCGCGUUGAAAGGGAAUUUUUUGACAGUCAUUUCGAGCCUUUUUAUCGAAACGAGCAAAUUAUCAUCACGUCAAUUGGACUACCACCGAUCGUGCAUAAUACAUCGAAUGGUCCAAUAGCCUAUGGUCCUGUAUUUCAUGCUGAUUUUUUGAAAAAAGUUUACGACCUACAAGAAGGAAUCAAGAAUAUUGUCAUUUCUGAUAAUCGAACAUUGGCCGAUAUUUGUUUUGCGCCAUUGACAAGUCCAUAUUCAGGACCAACCACUGUCUCAAAAUGUACAAUUCAAAGUAUCUGGGGAUAUUAUCAGGACGAUUUGGAAACAUUUAAUGAAACUUCAGAGGAUAAAAAUGGAUUUGUUGUUAAUUAUUUGGAUCACUUUAAGGAAUGCACACAGAAUCCGUACAAUUUGAAUUGUUUGGCACCUUAUGGUGGACCAGUGGAACCGGCGAUUGCCGUCGGCGGUUUUGUUAAAAGGGGAGAAAAUCUUCGUGAUCCACCGUACGAGAAAGCGACAGCGAUUAUUUUAACUUUCCUUGUCAACAAUUAUCAUAAUAAAACGAAACUUCAAGCUGCCAUGGAAUGGGAGGAGAAGUACAUUAGUUUUAUGAAAAAUUGGACACAAACGGAAAAGCCAGCGUACAUGGACAUUGCAUUUACUUCCGAGCGUUCGAUUGAAGAUGAAUUAAAUCGUGAAUCACAGUCCGAUAUUUUAACAAUUCUUGUUUCCUACCUAAUCAUGUUCGCCUACAUUGCCGUAUCCUUGGGACAAAUUCGAAAUUGCAGUCAUCUUUUGUACGAUUCGAAAAUUACGCUCGGCUUGGGAGGUGUUUUAAUUGUCCUGGCAUCAGUGAUUUGUUCUGUUGGAAUUUUCGGAUUUAUCGGAGUACCAGCGACAUUAAUUAUCAUCGAAGUGAUUCCAUUUUUAGUGUUGGCUGUUGGUGUUGAUAAUAUUUUCAUUCUAGUGCAAACAAAUCAAAGGGAAGGAAGAAGACCAAAUGAAUCGAUACCUGAACAUAUUGGACGAACUCUUGGUCAAGUUGGACCCAGUAUGUUAUUGACAAGUGUCUCCGAAAGUUGCUGCUUUUUCCUUGGAAGUCUUUCCGAUAUGCCGGCUGUUAGGGCGUUUGCUCUAUAUGCUGGAAUGGCGCUUUUAGUUGAUUUUCUACUUCAAAUCACUUGCUUCGUCAGUCUCUUGACGCUGGACACGUUCCGCCAAACUAACAACAGAUUAGACGUUUGCUGCUUUAUUCGCGGGUCGAAAAAAGACAGUGGCGAGGAAGUGGUCGAUGGAUUACUGUACAAAAUUUUCAAAGUCGCUUACGUUCCACUUUUAAUGAAAAAAUGGGUGCGAGCUAGUGUUAUGAUUGUUUUCUUCGGUUGGCUCUGUACCAGUGUUGCUAUGGUGCCGCACAUUGAAAUUGGAUUAGAUCAGGAACUCUCGAUGCCAGAAGACAGUUUUGUACUUAAAUAUUUCAAGUAUCUUAACAAUUACUUGUCUAUCGGGCCGCCAAUGUACUUUGUGGUGAAAGGAGGUUUAAAUUAUUCGGACACAAGAACACAAAAUCUGGUCUGUAGCGGUCAAUAUUGCAAUCUAGAUUCGGUCACGACACAAAUUUUUACCGCUUCUCAGCAGCCAAAUACAAGUUACAUAGCAAAACCUGCUUCAUCAUGGCUUGACGAUUACUUCGAUUGGUCUCUUUUAUCAUCUUGUUGCAAAAUGUCAAAAACCAAUGGAUCCUUCUGUCCACAUAGCAGUUACUCGUCAGAAUGUAAAGCCUGCAAUAUAUCAGUGAACAUGUACAAUCGACCGACAACGAACGAUUUUGAAAAGUACAUUUCAUUCUUCCUGCAGGACAAUCCUGACGCAAGUUGUGCAAAAGGUGGACACGCUGCCUAUGGACACGCGGUUAAUUAUUAUACAAAUGAAAAAACACAUAGAUCGAAUGUUGACGCCUCAUAUUUUAUGGCCUAUCAUUCAAUAUUAAAAACAUCGUCCGAUUAUUAUGAAUCGAUGAGAGCUGCACGUGAAAUAUCGGCAAACAUAACGGAUAUGCUUAACAAUAAUCUGGCAAAAUGGAAUGAAACAACGAGAGUUGAAGUUUUUCCAUACAGUGUAUUCUAUGUGUUUUAUGAACAAUAUUUGACAAUGUGGCCUGAUACUAUUAAAAGUAUUGGUAUUUCAUUACUAGCAAUAUUCAUUGUCACAUUUUUAUUAAUGGGUCUCGAUAUAUUUUCCUCAAUUGUUGUCAUUGUUACAAUUACAAUGAUUGUUGUUAAUAUCGGAGGUCUUAUGUACUGGUGGCACAUUACUCUUAACGCAGUGUCGCUUGUUAAUUUAGUUAUGGCGGUUGGCAUCGCCGUAGAAUUUUGUAGUCAUUUAGUGCAUUCCUUCUCUGUGUCAGUGAAAGCAACACGAGUUGAUAGGGUGGCGGAUGCUUUAACGAACAUGGGAAGUUCGGUAUUCAGUGGAAUUACACUGACGAAAUUCGGUGGAAUCAUUGUUUUAGGUUUCGCCAAAAGUCAAAUUUUCAAGGUAUUCUACUUUAGAAUGUAUUUAGGAAUUGUGCUCUUUGGAGCAGCACAUGGACUUAUAUUUUUGCCUGUCCUUCUCAGUUAUAUCGAUGUGAUGCCCCGCCGAAGAUAUAGAAGAUUCGAGCAGUUCGAUAGAAUACGAGGAGAGACAAGUCAGAAUGAACAGGCUACAAGUUCUGUUUCACCUCUUCUUAGGAAUAAUCCACUUCAGGGUACCGCCUCCUACGCAAGUGUAAAUGACUCGGACAGAAUAGAAUCUUUCUAACUAAGAAAAAGAAGAGGAAGGAGAAGAAUAUUUAAGUCACUCUUAAUAAGGGAACAAAAGAUGUUAGAUAUAUAGUCAAAAAAGUACAAUAUUUGAAGUAGAAAAAUUUUUCUUUCUCAAUUUUUCACUAAGUUCAAUAUUUAAAAAACUAAUUUAUUAUUAACUAAUUUAAAAAUAAUAAUUGCUACCGAAAAAUAAUUUCAAAAAAGAAUAGGUAUUUUUGAAAUUAAUUUUCAAACUGUUAAUUAUUUUUGUUAAUUUAUUCUAGCAAAUGUUAAUUUCUAGUCAGCUAGAAAUAUUUAAAUGAAUACUGUUGUUUCUAAAAAUUUUAACUAAAUUAUUAAAUAAUCAAAUUUAAAAGAAAGAAGCAACCAAAUUAAUUUAUAAUUUUAGAAAAAUUCCAAAUUAAAAAACAAAUUUCAAAUUUUCAAAGAUUUUUUGAAAAACAAAUUCCAAACGAAAAGAUAUUUUAGUGGAAAUUUAUUUUUAGUAUACCAAUCUAGGAAAAAUUACUAACUGAAAAUUACAAUUUCCCAAAAAAUAAAAAAUUGAGAAAUAUUAAAUACUUCUUAAAGAAUAAAAGAAAAUAUUUUA